AUGAAGUCCAUACGACCGAUCACGUCAGCUCUCCAGCAAGCUACCCUCUCACAAUCAACCACAACAUGUCGAGCAGCAUGCCUCACCAACACCUUCACGCGACCCACGACCCGUAAACAACAACACCAACCCCAACGCCGACCCUUCGUCUCAGGCGCCUUCACCCCAAACCAAACCCUCACCGCCCAACGCACCCUCCGCUACCCCUCCAGCGUCAUCUACGACAUCAUCUCCGACGUCGCCUCCUACAGCCAAUUCGUCCCCUUCUGCCAAAACUCCCUCGUAACCAAAUACUCCUCCCCGGCGAGCGAUGGCAAGACCUACCCGGAAGAAGCCAAGCUCGUCAUCGGCUUCAACGACUCCAUCAGCGAGGAGUUCACGAGCCGCGUCUACUGCGUGCCCGGAAGAGCAGUGGAAGCCGUGAGCGGCGCGACGGAGAGCACACUCCACGGCGAGGAGAUUGCGCACCACAGCCCGCGACCCGCGGCGGAGCGUGAUCCGAGCAGGAAGGAUACGGUCAUGAGCCAUUUGCUCACGCGGUGGACGCUGAAACCGUAUCCGUAUAAACCUCCGCCUGCUGGGGCUACGCAUCCGGAUGGUGUGCAUAAGAAUCAUGAGGAGACGAGUCCGUUGCCAGGGCAGGAGAAGACGGAUGUGAAUUUGGUGAUUGAGUUUCAGUUCGCGAAUCCACUGUAUGCUGCGUUGAGCUCGGCGGCGGCGCCGAAGGUGGCGGAUAAGAUGAUUGAGUCGUUUGUGAAUAGGGUUGAGGCUGUUAUGGAUGGACCUGCGAAUGCGAGGGAUGCACAGAAGAGCAGCGUGUUGAAGAAAUCAACGUAG